AAAUCGAAAACGAUGUCACUCUAUAGAUAAACUAUGAUGAAUCCAAGCAUAUUUCAGUAUAUGCCAGAAACGGUGAGGUUUGCAAUUCUCAGACUCGGAAGUAAUUGCAACUGUAAAGACAGUUUCAUCUUUUCUGAUGCUAGAUGCGACAUAAACAGCGUUACAGAUGAGAGAAGAGUCAUGUUAGUCAAAAAUUUUAAUAACAUAUUUAGACGUGGAAUAGAGUUUAUAAAUGAGGUAAAGGAUGGAAACCAGUCUUUUGAAAGCCUUGACAGACAACACAAGGCAGCAUUAUCUGUGUUAAAUUCAUUUGUAAACGAGAAAGAGUUACACGAAAAAAGUCUAAGUAGCAUUCUGGAUCAGCUUCAGAAUGGUGAGGUUUCUGAUGUAGAGAUGACAGUUGCACUCGGGGAACACCUUCUGGGGAGGCUUGCUCCUGGACAGUCCUGUGUCAUCAAUUCCAAAGUUAAUGGGAAAGAAAGAUGUAGUUGCCAACUGGACCAUUGUAUGAAAAUAGCAAAGUUUGGGAACACAGGGAUAGGCCAUGAGGCAGUGUGGCAUGGAUUUGUUGAUAUUAUGUUUCCAUCUUUUGAGAGUGUUGAACCAGAAUGUAUUGCAACCAUUACUAAUCCAGUGGCAAUAGAAUCUAGGCCUACCAUGAAGAAAACCAGAGUGAAUAGUGAAGAGGAUGGUUCUCAGGGAACAGGAGUCCACAUUACCAGUACUCAGUCAGUGGUGGAUAAGAGUGUUGCCGAGACAAUUGUGUUUUCAUUAAUUCAAAAGAACCAUCGUCCAAGCCUUAGAAAUCAUUUGAUUCCUCAUAUUAUCAUCAGUUCUAGUGACUUCAGAAUUCUUAUGUAUGAUGCAGUAAAUGAUGUGUUUCUGUGCAGUGUGCUUCUACCACUUUUCCAGGAUAAAUGUCUGCACAUAACAUCUGUUAUCAUCAUUUGGAUGGUGCUUCAUUAUAGACUGUUUUGUUCAGGGAUAGAUAUUGAACCAAGAAAACUAGAACAAGUGCAUUCAAACUUCAGAAAUUUAUCUCGGGAAAAAUGGGAAGUUUAUUCCGGUUCACUUAAGUCCUGUGUAGGAAGGUUUCCCAUCGUCAGUCAAGAAUUCUUUCCCUCAAAUGAUCUCAUGCUGUUGGGAACAGAGAAUUUUUAGCAAUACAGUAUUAUAAACCUUAAAAUGCCUAUGAUUAAUUUUGUUCACUGGUACAUGAUGGACAUUGUUGUUAUUUAUGUAGAAGUGAUUGAAUUGAGGGAAUAUAAAGUGCAAUAUUCACAUUUCACACACUAUAAAUGUCCUUCAUUGUGAACAUGCACAUUCUUUACAAUAUAACAUAUGCCAGUGUACUUCUUUCUUGUUCUCUCCCAUCUAUUUGUUAUCUAUUAUGUUUACUUGGGAUUUCAGUAAAGUUUUAUUACAUAUUUUACAGAGGGACUUAGAAAAGUACUAGUAUAUUACCUCCAAUAAAUGAGAGAGUCUUAUAAAUACAUAUAUGUAAAUGUACAAAGUUCAUCCUGUUAUGUAAAUUUAACGACUCAAAUCAUGGCCUCCAGGAUAGGGAGGGGGCUACUAUUAUGAAAUUAUGAAUCUGUUAGUGCAAUAAUAGACUACAUAAAAAAAAAAAGAAUUUUGCUGAACAAAUUCUGGCAU